UUACUACUUAAAAACUUGUCAGAGUCCGACAAAUGGCACCAGAUUAGCAUUAUCUGUGAACUGACUACUGAAGAACCUUAUCAGUGUUUGUGUGUGUGCGCGUGUGUACGAGUGCAUGAUCGUACAGACCUUGGGUUUUUGUAACGGGAAAAUACAUUGGGAGGCGUAAUUCACGGCGAUCGGUGCCAAAAGAGCGGAGAUAAAGGCAAAAAGAAAAGGUCGUUUAGUAAUAAAGCAUUUGAGCAUUUAUCUAAUUGUGAUGGAGUUUCAGUUAUGGGGUUUCUUCUAUUUCACACUGAACUGCUUCUAUCUGCUGACCACCGCUGACCGAACAGUUUUCCGAUCUGAUUCACAAGCUAAGGCCAUCUUUUUACGGCCUAAACGCGCCAAUUCGUUUCUUCUGGAGGAAAUUCUAAAGGGCAAUUUGGAAAGAGAGUGUUAUGAGGAAAAAUGCACGAAGGAGGAGGCCAGAGAGGUGUUUGAGGACAACCAGAAAACAGAAACAUUUUGGAAUAAAUACCACGACGGAGAUCAGUGUCAAUCCAAUCCUUGUCAACAUGGCGGCACCUGUAAAGACAAAAUAGGAGGCUACAGCUGCCGGUGCACUGACAUGUACACAGGAGAUAACUGUGAAAAGGAUGUUUCUGAAUGUCCUUCUGGAGGCCCUCUGGGGUGCGAACAGUUCUGCAGAUCCUUACACGACUCGUACCGGUGCUUCUGCGCCAGAGGCUACACCCUUCACAGCGAUGGCAGGAGCUGCAUACCUCUGGAUAAGGACUCAUGUGGGAGAGUUUUAUCAGAUGACUAUAUAAGUAAAAGUAAAGAUCAAAAUGACUCGAUUUGCCCCCAAGGAAAAUGUCCAUGGCAGGUGACCUUUAUGGGUGUUGGUGGUGAGGAAAUUUGUCAUGGUGUGAUCCUUGGAAGGAAGUCUAUACUUACCUCAGCUGCAUGCCUGGCAAAAGAUGUAGAUUCCUUGGUCAUUGUCCACUCGAAUGAAAAAAUUAAUUCUUCACAAGUGACCGAAAGGAUUGCUCACGAUCGGUAUAUAAUUGGCAAACCUGCCGAUGACUUGGCAUUCUUUGUGCUUAAGGAACCGAUCGCUUUGGGUUUAGGCCCCAUCCAACUCUGCCUCCCGGAGAAGGAUUUCAGUGAAAACAUCUUAAUGAAACAUGGUAAAGAGGGCAUGACAGUGGGUGCAACCAACAAACCUUCAUACCUCCCACUGGAUAUCUGCCAAUCAAAACUCAACCUUAGUUUCUCCUUGACCAAUAAGAUGUUCUGUAUGGAGAAGCAAGAACCUGAAGGUAUGUCAAAACGAUCAGAAGAGAAAAAGAUAGAGUGUGAUCUUACGUCUGGAUCUCCUGUGGCUACAAUGGAAGGAAAUACAGCUUUUCUAACUGGACUGUUUAUGUCCCAAAGUGACUGUACACAGGGACUCGUGUUCACUAAAAUUUCCAGAUAUCUCCCAUGGAUUCGCAACCUUCUCCGGAAGAAAGAAACGGUCCAGAGAUGACACAUUCAGCAAGAAGCAUGUUUUUUGGGUGGAAAUUAACCUGCUUUUAGAGUGGAACUGUGAUUUCAAUCUGUUAGACUUGGACAUUUUAAAGACUUUCUUCUGAUCAGCAUUAAAUACAGCACAAUCAAAACAUUUUACAAAUGGAAAAUUUAUUUUACAUACAAAAUACAAAACAGUUAGUGAAUAUAAUACAAACUUGUGGUGCACCACAGAGGGUCAGACAUUUCACUUGCAAAAAUGUACAAUAAAAAAAUUAAUAUGGUGA